UCAUCUGCCUCUGCGGAAUUUACUACUGAUGUUUUUGCAGUCAACAAGCAAGAAACUCGCGUGAUUGUCGAAAACAGGUAGCAUAGAUAGACCUCGUCAGCUCACUGUUCAAGUUAAAUAUAAGUUUCUAAUCUCACCUCUCAAGUCCAAUCAUAUACGCAACAUUGAAAAUUAGGACAGGAAAAUUAUGACAUAACAAUACUUAAAACACUUGACAACCGUGUUGACCCGUUAAUACGCCACACUUUUCAGCUGAUGCAAGCACUAAAAGUCUUGGCAAGUGACGAUCCUGUCCUACUAGUCCAACCGGAAGUUCUUGCAAUGCUUCCAUUUCUCUAUGGUUGUUCGAAACCAGCUGAUAUAUUGAUCUCCCUUUGAAUAGUAAAAGGCGAUCACUUCAGACAGUGGCACGGAAAGGACAUUAGAACUUAAGCAGAUCAUAGAGUUCAAUGCAUCAGUGUGUAUGUACCUAAGUUUUCAUUAGAUAUGGCCUUUCGAGCUGAUGGGUUCCGUUUAUUUUUACUUACCUUAGUGUUUUGUCUUUCAUCAUCCACUCUUGCAGUCGGUCAAUCUGAUUGUAGCAUGAAUGUAGGCUCAGUUUUAACUGCAGGAGUGAAUAGCCCUCCUAGGAUUUCGCCUUCUGGUGAAUUUGCCUUUGGAUUUCGUCCCCUCCGAAGUUCUCAGUCUACCAAUCAAGAUCUCUUCUUGUUAGCCAUAUGGUACAAUAAAGUACCCGAAGGAACCAUCGUUUGGUCCUUGAAUGACCAUCAAGUUCCAGAAGGAUCAAGAAUCCAGCUGACAAAUGAAGGGCAGCUUAUUCUUUACAAUUCUCAGGGCCAGCAGGUGUGGAAGGCUGAGACAGGCAAUGAAAGAACAGCAUGUGCAGCCAUGCUGGAUUCAGGCAACUUUGUCCUGAUUAAUGGAGCAUCUAUUUACAUAUGGGAAAGCUUCAGAUUGCCUACUGACACAAUCUUGCCUGGUCAGAGGCUGAGGAAGGGUGGGAGGCUGACUUCUCGUCAAUCUGAUACGACUUCUACAGAGGGGAGGUUCCAGCUCCGGAUGCAACUGGAUGGAAAUCUUGUGCUUUACUCUAUUUUGUUGCCGACUGAAGUUAUAACUGAUGCUUAUUGGGAUACAGGGACGAAUCAUCGUGAUGCUGACUCCGAGCUUGUUUUUGAUGAGGCCGGUUUCAUUUACAUAGAGGAUAGAAACAAAAACAUACUGAACAUCACAAAACGGAACUUGGGAUCCAGACAGGAUUUCUAUUAUAUGGCCAGGAUUGAUGAAGAUGGAGUCUUCAGGCACUAUAAUCAUCCGAGACGAAACUAUGCUGCUGAUGCCAGAAGUUACAUGCCGGCUUGGUCCAUUAUCCAGACGACUCCAGAAGAUAUGUGUGGUGCAGUCUCGGGGAAUUUAGGAAGUGGGGCUUGUGGAUAUAACAGUUACUGUGUGAAUUUAGAUGGAAGGCCUAAUUGCUUGUGUCCAGAAGGAUACUCACCUUUGGAUUCUCUUGAUCUGCGUCGAGGCUGCAAGCCGAACUUUCAGUUACCUAGCUGCCAGCAAAAUGGAUGGGAAUCGGACAUUGCCUCUGUGGAGUUUAAGGAGUUGAACAACACUGAUUGGCCCUUCACUGACUAUGAGCUUCAGACAGGACCAGAAGUGGAUAAGGAGAGGUGCAAGGAAUUCUGCCUCCGCGACUGUUUUUGUGCUGCUGCUAUCUAUAAUGGGAACAAUUGUUGGAAGAAGAGGUUUCCUCUUUCUAAUGGAAGACAAUCCACAGCUGUGAACAGGACCGCUUUGAUUAAGGUUCCACGGAACAAUCAAACGACUUUGUGUCCUAAAAGCAAAGAUCGGUCCACUGUAGUUCUAGUUGUAUCAGUACUUCUUGGCAGCUCUGUGUUCUUCAACUUUCUUCUGUUAGCAGCCAUAUCCGUUGGCAUUUUCUUCAUAUACCACAAGAAGAUGCUGAAUUUACAGUCAGCUUCAACGUUAUAUGGGAUAAGAAGGUACACAUACAAAGAACUCGAGGAAGCAACUGGGGGCUUCAACCAGCAAUUAGGCCGAGGAUCUUUUGGCACCGUUUAUAAGGGCGUUAUUCCAUCUAUUCCUAAGAGAUACAUUGCGGUCAAGAGAUUGGACAAGGCUGAAAAGGAGGGUGAGAAGGAGUUCACGACUGAAGUUAGUGCAAUUGGACGGACUCACCACAAGAACUUAGUCGCCCUUCUUGGUUAUUGUGAUGAGGGAAAUAACCGGCUUCUAGUGUAUGAGUACAUGAGCAACGGCUCUCUGUCUAGCCUUCUCUUCGGCAUAUCAAGGCCUCAUUGGCACCAAAGAAUGCAAAUCGCUUUUGGUAUUGCUAGAGGCCUGACUUACUUGCACGAAGAAUGCAGCACUCAGAUCAUACAUUGUGACGUCAAGCCUCAAAACAUACUCUUGGACGAGUACCUCGCCCCCAAGAUCUCCGACUUUGGAUUGGCUAAACUUCUGCUAUCCGAGCAGAGCCGUGCUGCACGGACGCACAUUAGGGGGACGGUUGGGUACUUUGCACCUGAGUGGUUUAGGAAAGCAUCCAUCACAUCAAAAGUCGAUGUCUACAGCUUCGGCGUGCUGCUUCUUGAGAUGAUCUGUUGCAUGUCAAGUGUGGAAUUUGCUAUGGGAGAUCAAGAGGAGGCCUUGAUUGAUUGGGUAUAUGACUGCUACAGCAAAAAGAAGGUAAACAUGUUGGUGGAAAAUGAUGAGGAAGCCAGGAAUGAUAUGAAGAGUGUGGAAAGGCUAGUGAUGGUGGCAAUUUGGUGCAUUCAAGAAGAUCCUUCUCUAAGGCCCUCCAUGAGAAAAGUCACACAGAUGCUUGAGGGGGUUGCCGACGUUUCCGUCCCUCCCCGUCCUUCUGUUUUUAGUUCAUCUUGAUGGUUCCGGUUCUUAAAACAUCAUCGGUGCAGUCAGAUUGUAGCCUCUGGGCAAUAGGAGAUUCAAACAUAGAACCUCGUUCUUGGAAGUAAUGGAUCAGACCAACUGAACUACCAAGAUGUUGUUUGUUUUAGGGAUAUGUAUAUGUAUGUUUCUUUGAUUAAAUGCCUGUGUUAAUUAUAACUCUCUCUAUAAAGAGUACACAUAGAACAAUACUAUAUGUUUAUGGAAGCAUCUUGCAAGAA